AUGAUGCAAGAAAAACUAACUGGAGUUGAAGAGAAAGGGUCGAAAUCGAGUAUGAUGGAAGAGAACAUGAAGUAUAUCAGUCUGGCGAUGCUCAUUUUCAUGAACACCGCUCAGGUUAUAUUCAUGCGUUAUGCACGAACCGUGUCUGCGGAAACUUACAACUCUAUGACGGCUGUCAUAAUGGGAGAGGUCAUGAAGAUUAUUAUGUCCUUCCUGCUGAUGGUGAACGACAACCGCUCUGCUCAUAAGGCCGUAUCUGCUUUGGUUGAGCAGGCGAGAGAGAACACGCGUGAGGUGCUUUUCCAGAGUGUUCCGGCAUUGUUGUACACCAUCCAGAAUUUCUUCAUGUAUGUGGCUAUCUCGAAUUUGGAUGCUGGCAUUUUCCAGAUUUGCACUCGAAUGAAGAUUUUAAUCACCGCGUUAUUGAGUGUGCUGAUCUUGGGAAAGAAGCUCCGUUUCUUGCAGUGGGUGAGCUUGUUCCUCCUCGUACUCGGCGUAAUCAUCAUCAAGGGCGUGUCUGGUGGGAAGACCAGUGAGAAUAUGAACUUUACCGUGGGCUUUGUGGCUGUUCUGAUUUCCUCAACAUCCUCAAGCCUGGCUGGCGUUUUUAUGGAGAAAAUGUUCAAGGACCGCAAGCUGACCGUUUGGAAUCGUAAUUUCUGGUUGGCUGUGUGGAGUUUUAACCCCCAAAUCGUUUAUCCCUCUGUUUUCUUUAAAAACUACAAUAUCUGGGCGUGGAUCGCCAUUACGCUUCUGGCCGUGGGCGGUCUGGUCAUUGGACUGGUGCUGAAGUACGCUGAUAAUAUCCUGAAGGCAUUUGCUGGCUCUGCCUCCAUUUUGUUCUCCACAUUGAUUUCAUGCAUGUUGUUCCAUACGAAGAUUAAUGCUCGGUUUGGAGUGGGAGCGGCGAUUGUGAUGGUGGCUGUGGUGCUUUAUAGUUAUGGAGCGAAGGGCGUGCAGUACAAGCCCUUGCCGAAGGUGGAAACACCGGCCGUCUAA